GCGCCGAGGCCGCCCCAGGUGCGGGGCUCGCGGCGGCGGAGCGCGCUGGACUCGUCGGGGCCGGCGGCCGCCCGCGCCUUUCAAUGGGCAGCUCGCACUUGCUCAACAAGGGCCUGCCUCUCGGCGUCCGACCCCCCAUCAUGAAUGGGCCCAUGCACCCUCGGCCCCUGGUGGCGCUGCUCGAUGGCCGGGACUGCACAGUGGAGAUGCCCAUCCUAAAGGACGUAGCUACGGUGGCUUUCUGUGAUGCCCAGUCCACACAGGAGAUCCAUGAGAAGGUGCUGAACGAGGCCGUGGGCGCUCUGAUGUACCACACCAUCACGCUUACCAGGGAAGACCUGGAGAAGUUCAAGGCCCUCCGGAUCAUUGUCAGAAUCGGCAGCGGCUUCGACAACAUCGACAUCAAGUCAGCUGGGGAUUUAGGUAUCGCUGUCUGCAACGUGCCUGCAGCCUCCGUGGAGGAAACGGCCGACUCCACCAUGUGCCACAUCCUCAACCUGUACCGACGAACCACGUGGCUGCACCAGGCCCUACGGGAAGGCACGCGUGUCCAGAGCGUGGAGCAGAUCCGUGAGGUGGCCUCGGGGGCGGCCCGGAUCCGUGGGGAGACACUGGGCAUCAUCGGACUAGGUCGCGUGGGGCAGGCAGUGGCGCUGCGGGCCAAGGCCUUCGGCUUCAACGUCCUCUUCUACGACCCGUACCUGUCGGACGGCAUCGAGAGGGCGCUGGGGCUGCAGCGCGUGAGCACGCUGCAGGACCUGCUCUUCCACAGCGACUGCGUGACGCUGCACUGCGGCCUCAACGAGCACAACCACCACCUCAUCAACGACUUCACGGUCAAGCAGAUGAGACAAGGGGCCUUCCUGGUGAACACGGCGCGCGGGGGCCUGGUGGACGAGAAGGCGCUGGCCCAGGCGCUCAAGGAGGGCCGGAUCCGUGGCGCGGCCCUGGAUGUGCACGAGUCAGAGCCCUUCAGCUUUAGCCAGGGCCCUCUGAAGGACGCACCCAACCUCAUCUGCAGCCCUCACGCCGCCUGGUACAGUGAGCAGGCGUCCAUCGAGAUGCGUGAGGAGGCCGCCAGGGAGAUCCGGCGGGCCAUCACAGGCCGGAUUCCGGACAGCCUGAAGAACUGUGUCAAUAAGGACCACCUGACAGCUGCCACCCACUGGGCCAGCAUGGACCCUGCGGUGGUCCACCCAGAACUCAACGGGGCUGCCUACAGCAGGUACCCCCCGGGCGUGGUGGGCGUGGCCCCCACGGGCAUCCCAGCUGCUGUGGAAGGCAUCGUCCCCAGCGCCAUGUCCCUGUCCCAUGGCUUGCCCCCCGUGGCCCACCCCCCCCACGCCCCAUCUCCUGGCCAAGCUGUCAAGCCUGAGGCAGACAGAGACCACACGAGUGACCAGUUGUAGCCCAGGAGGGGCCUUCCAGCCUCAGUGCCCAGUGGCGGGCACCACGAGCCCUCGGCGCCGCGGUGGUGCCUGCGGCAGCCCAGCGCUCCAGAGACUGGCCCCAGCGCGAAGCAGGCAGCGCGGCCCCGCUGCGAUUGCAGUCCCCGCCCGGCCCCGCGGGCUGCCUCGCUGUCCCAUGUCCUUUGCGUUCCUCGUUAAGCAAAAGAAGUUAGUAGUUAAUUCUAUCAUGAAUGUUCUUGUCUGUGUACAGUUUUUAGAACAUUACAGAGGAUUUGUUUGCUUAGCUGUCAACAAAAAGAACACCUGAGGGAGUUCAGCAAGUCAGUCUGAGGUUAUUUUUCCCUUUCUACCUUGGAGCGAGCCCCGGAGCGAGGCCGCUGGCCACUUCUCAGGACAACGAAUCCUUCCUGCUUUCCUUCACGCCACACGUGCAUUGUUUUCUACCCGCUUCUCUUAUUUUUAGAAUAAUUUAGAAGAACAAAACCAAGGCUGUUUUUCCUAAUUUUGGCAUGAAUCCCUUGUUCCAAAUGAAGACGGCAUCGCAGCAGGUUGAGGAGCGCGGUGCAAGCCGCGGCCCCCCGCCGUCCAGCCGCCUGGUGCCGUCCUGCUCAUGUGGUAGGCUAGCAAUAUUUUGGUUAAAAUCAUGUUUGUGACUGUAACCAUUUGUAUGAAUUAUUUUAAAGAAAUAAAAAGCCCAGAAAGAG